UCCUACAUCUCACGUGUUCAAUUUAGAAAGAAACAAGAAAGAAAUUAAGACUGAAUAUAAACCCGGAAGUGUUUAUGGCAUCUGUUGUAUACGCACAGAUUUCCAUGAUCACGCGGACAUCUCGCGAGAUUUUGAAUGCACCCAAAUAGUUCGCGUUGCAUUCUGGGUACUGUGGCUUAAACAAAUGGCGGACGAGGUGGAGCAGCAACAGACCACAAACACGGUCGAGGAACCCCUAGAUCUCAUUCGGUUAAGUCUGGACGAGCGAAUCUAUGUAAAGAUGCGGAACGACAGGGAGCUUCGUGGAAGGCUACACGCUUACGACCAACAUCUGAACAUGAUCCUUGGCGAUGUGGAAGAGACGGUGACAACGGUGGAGAUUGAUGAGGAGACGUAUGAAGAAAUUUACAAGUCGACGAAGAGGAACAUUCCCAUGCUGUUCGUCCGUGGAGAUGGAGUGGUGCUAGUGGCUCCGCCGCUGAGAGUCGGCUAAGCUCCAAAUGAAAGACGCGUUGGACUGUAAUAUGAUUAUAAUCAUUGGCUUUUUUUUUUUUUUUUUGUUCGUUUAACCACAGAUUUGUAAAGUUUUUGAUAUUUUUUGUUGAAAAAAGUCACAGAAGGUAAUGUUUCAUGGUUGUUAGAUUGUCUCUUUCAGUUGGCCACUUGAAGCGAUUAUGGAUCUUCCUGCAUACAUGCUUUAUAUUCACAAUAAACCAUUGACUUCUUUCAGUAAUAA